AUGGCGGCGGCGGCGGCGGCGGCGGCGGGGGGAGCGGGGGCGACGCCGGAGGGGCUGGAGCCGCGGGCGCUGCAGUACGAGCAGACCCUGCCCCAACAGGAGCCCUUUGUGCCAUGCAGCAACCCGGACAACGGCCGGAAUCUGCUCCCCCUCGCUCCGACACCGCCCUUUCUUGCCCGGUGCCACCGUCUCUUCCCACCGCCCUUUCCUCCUCCGCACACCCAGCCCGGCCAGUUUGAGCCGAUGUAUGGCCGCUAUACGCAGGAUCUUGGUGCCUUCGCCAAGGAGGAAGCGGCACGAAUUCGACUAGGCGGCCCUGAGUCCUGGAGGCCUUCCCCGGCCCCCCAGGCCUCUCCCGAACUGCUGGACUAUGGGCAGAGUCGCUGUGCCCGCUGCCGCAUCUGUUCCGUGCACUGCCACAAGUUCCUGGUGUCCCGAGUUGGGGAGGACUGGAUCUUCCUGGUGCUUCUGGGGUUGCUCAUGGCGCUGGUCAGCUGGGCCAUGGACUAUGCCAUUGCUGCCUGCCUGCAGGCCCAGCAGUGGAUGUCCCGAGGCUUGGAUACUAGCCUCCUACUGCAGUAUCUGGCCUGGGUCACCUACCCCGUGGUGCUCAUCACCUUCUCGGCGGGAUUCACCCAGAUCCUGGCGCCUCAGGCCGUCGGCUCCGGGAUUCCCGAGAUGAAGACGAUCCUGCGGGGCGUGGUGCUGAAGGAGUAUCUCACCCUCAAGACCUUUGUGGCCAAGGUCAUCGGGCUGACCUGCGCCCUGGGCAGCGGCAUGCCCCUGGGAAAGGAGGGCCCGUUCGUGCACAUUGCCAGUAUGUGUGCCGCACUGCUCAGCAAGUUUCUCGCACUCUUUGGGGGCAUCUAUGAGAAUGAGUCCAGGAACACGGAGAUGCUGGCCGCGGCCUGUGCCGUCGGGGUCGGCUGCUGCUUCGCAGCUCCCAUCGGAGGUGUCCUAUUCAGCAUUGAGGUCACCUCCACCUUCUUUGCCGUUCGCAAUUACUGGCGUGGCUUCUUUGCCGCUACUUUCAGCGCCUUCAUCUUCCGGGUCCUGGCGGUCUGGAAUCGUGAUGAAGAGACCAUCACGGCUCUCUUCAAAACCCGCUUCCGACUCGACUUUCCCUUUGACCUCCAGGAACUGCCAGCCUUCGCCGUCAUCGGCAUUGCCAGUGGCUUUGGGGGGGCCCUGUUCGUCUACCUGAACCGGAAGAUCGUCCUGGUCAUGCGGAAACAGAAAACCAUCAACCGCUUCCUCAUGAAGAAGCGCCUGCUCUUUCCGGCCCUGGUGACUCUGCUCAUCUCCACCCUGACCUUUCCUCCUGGCUUUGGCCAGUUCAUGGCUGGGCAGCUCUCCCAGAAGGAGACUCUGGUGACGCUAUUUGACAACCGAACAUGGGUGCGGCAGGGUUUGGUAGAGGAGCUGGAAGUGCCAAACACCGCCCAGGCCUGGAGCCCGCCCCGGGCCAACGUCUUCCUCACCCUCGUCGUCUUCAUCCUCAUGAAGUUCUGGAUGUCAGCUCUGGCCACAACUAUCCCUGUGCCCUGCGGAGCCUUCAUGCCUGUCUUUGUCAUUGGAGCCGCUUUUGGACGACUGGUUGGAGAGAGCAUGGCGGCCUGGUUCCCCGACGGGAUACACACGGACAGCACAACUUAUCGCAUUGUACCCGGGGGCUACGCGGUCGUCGGUGCCGCAGCUCUGGCGGGCGCCGUGACGCACACCGUCUCCACGGCGGUGAUCGUGUUUGAACUGACGGGACAGAUCGCCCACAUCCUGCCGGUCAUGAUCGCCGUCAUCCUGGCCAACGCCGUGGCCCAGAGCCUGCAGCCCUCCCUCUACGACAGCAUCAUCCGCAUCAAGAAGCUGCCUUACCUGCCCGAGCUGGGCUGGGGUCGUCACCAACAGUACCGGGUGCGGGUGGAAGAUAUCAUGGUGCGGGACGUUCCUCACAUAGCCCUCAGCUGCACCUUCCGGGAUCUGCGGGCCUCUCUGCACCGCACCAAGAGCCGCAUGCUGGCACUAGUGGAGUCCUCAGACUCGAUGAUCUUGCUGGGCUCCAUCGAGCGUUCCCAGGUGAUGACGCUGCUCAGCUCCCAGCUCAGUGCCACCCGCCGCCGGCGGCACCAACGGGAGCGGCGGGCAGCCCUGGCCUCGCCGGCCCCCGACCCAGAGAGCCCGCGCAGCUCUGAGACCAGUGUCCGCUUCCAGGUGAGCACAGAGGAGACGGGACUCCCUCCGGCCCGGGUAGAGACGCGCAAGCCCUUGAAGCCGGCCCUCAAGCGGGCUGCCACUUGCUCGGCCAGCUCCGCGGACAGUCCCACAGGACCCCCUGAACCGGCAGCAGGCAUCGCUCUCAGAAGUCUCUUCUGUGCCAGCCCUCCACUCGAGGCCUCCUCGGAGUCAGAGAAGUCGGACUUUGGGGACAAGCGCAGGCCGAAGCGUGUCCGCAUCUCCCUGGCGAGUGACUCUGACCUGGAAAGCGAGAUGUCACCUGCAGAGAUCCUCGAGUGGGAGGAGCAGCAGCUGGACGAGCCCGUCAACUUUAGUGACUGUAAGAUCGACCCGGCCCCCUUCCAGCUGGUGGAGCGCACCUCCUUGCACAAGAUUCACACCAUCUUCUCCCUCCUCGGGGUGGACCACGCUUACGUCACGAGCAUCGGGAGGCUCAUCGGCAUCGUCACCCUCAAGGAGCUGCGCAAGGCAAUCGAAGGCUCCAUCACAGCCCAGGGCGUGAAGACGCGGCCGCCGCUGGCCAGCUUCCGUGACAGCGUGACCAGCAGCAGCGACACAGAGACCACCGAGGUGCACGCUCUCUGGGGACGACGCUCCCACCAAAGCCUCCCCGGGGAGGGGAGCCCCUCUGACAGUGAUGACAAGUGUCAAUGAGUAUGGCGGGGGUGGGGCG